CGGGGUCCUUCGGUGAUGCGCGGCGCCGGUGGCCCCCGCGGCCCUCGGGGCGCCGCUGAGAUGCUGCUGCUGCUGGCGCUGGCGUGCGCCAGCCCGUUCCCGGACGAGGGCCCCGGCGGGCCGGGCGGCGCGGGCUCGGGGCCCGGGCCCGGCGGCGGCGGCGGCGGCGGCGGGGCGCGCCCGCUGAACGUGGCGCUGGUGUUCUCGGGCCCCGCGUACGCGGGCGAGGCGGCGCGGCUGGGCCCGGCGGUGGCGGCGGCCGUGCGCAGCCCGGGGCUGGACGUGCGCCCCGUGGCGCUGGUGCUCAACGGCUCGGACCCGCGCAGCCUGGUGCUGCAGCUGUGCGACCUGCUGUCGGGGCUGCGCGUGCACGGCGUGGUCUUCGAGGACGACUCGCGCGCGCCCGCCGUGGCGCCCAUCCUCGACUUCCUGUCGGCGCAGACCUCGCUGCCCAUCGUGGCCGUGCACGGCGGCGCCGCGCUCGUGCUCACGCCCAAGGAGAAGGGCUCCACCUUCCUGCAGCUGGGCUCCUCCACGGAGCAGCAGCUGCAGGUCAUCUUCGAGGUGCUGGAGGAAUACGACUGGACGUCCUUUGUGGCGGUGACCACGCGUGCCCCAGGCCACCGGGCCUUCCUGUCCUACAUCGAGGUGCUGACCGACGGCAGCCUGGUGGGCUGGGAGCACCGGGGAGCGCUGACCCUCGACCCCGGGGCCGGCGAGGCCGUGCUGGGCGCGCAGCUCCGAAGUGUCAGCGCCCAGAUCCGCCUGCUCUUCUGCGCCAGGGAGGAGGCCGAGCCGGUGUUCAGGGCAGCCGAGGAGGCGGGUCUCACGGGUCCCGGCUACGUGUGGUUCAUGGUGGGGCCUCAGCUGGCCGGAGGAGGCGGCAGCGGUGGCUCCGGAGCCCCUGGGGAGCCCCUGCUGCUGCCGGGAGGCGCCCCGCUGCCCGCCGGGCUGUUCGCUGUGCGGUCGGCAGGCUGGAGGGAUGAUCUGGCUCGACGCGUGGCCGCCGGCGUGGCUGUAGUGGCCAAAGGGGCCCAGGCCCUGCUUCGUGAUUACGGCUUCCUGCCCGAGCUGGGUCACGACUGUCGGGCCCAGAACCGCUCGCAUCGAGGAGAGAGUCUGCAUCGGUACUUCAUGAAUAUCACCUGGGAUAACCGAGAUUACUCCUUCAACGAGGACGGUUUUCUGGUGAACCCUUCGCUAGUGGUCAUCUCUCUGACCAGAGACAGGACUUGGGAGGUGGUGGGCAGCUGGGAGCAGCAGACGCUCCGCCUCAAGUACCCACUGUGGUCCCGCUACGGCCGCUUCCUGCAGCCGGUGGACGACACGCAACACCUCAUGGUGGCCACGCUGGAGGAGCGGCCCUUCGUCAUCGUGGAGCCCGCGGACCCCAUCAGCGGCACGUGCAUCCGGGACUCGGUGCCCUGCCGCAGCCAGCUCAACCGCACCCACAGCCCCCCGCCCGAUGCCCCCCGCCCAGAGAAGCGCUGCUGCAAGGGCUUCUGCAUCGACAUCUUGAAGCGGCUGGCGCACACCAUUGGCUUCAGCUACGACCUCUACUUGGUCACCAACGGAAAGCACGGCAAGAAGAUCGAUGGUGUCUGGAACGGCAUGAUAGGGGAGGUGUUCUACCAGCGUGCUGACAUGGCCAUCGGUUCCCUCACCAUCAAUGAGGAGCGGUCCGAGAUCGUGGACUUCUCUGUUCCCUUCGUGGAGACUGGGAUCAGUGUGAUGGUGGCGCGGAGCAAUGGCACCGUGUCACCCUCGGCCUUCCUUGAGCCCUACAGCCCCGCCGUGUGGGUGAUGAUGUUUGUCAUGUGCCUCACCGUGGUCGCCGUCACCGUGUUCAUCUUCGAGUACCUCAGCCCCGUGGGCUACAACCGCAGCCUGGCCACUGGCAAGCGCCCCGGCGGCUCGACCUUCACCAUCGGGAAAUCCAUCUGGCUGCUCUGGGCCCUGGUGUUUAAUAACUCGGUGCCCGUGGAGAACCCGCGAGGGACCACCAGCAAGAUCAUGGUGUUGGUGUGGGCCUUCUUCGCCGUCAUCUUCCUCGCCAGCUAUACGGCCAACCUGGCCGCCUUCAUGAUCCAGGAGGAAUACGUGGACACGGUGUCUGGACUCAGUGACCGGAAGUUCCAGCGGCCUCAGGAGCAGUAUCCCCCGCUGAAAUUUGGGACGGUGCCCAACGGGUCCACGGAGAAGAACAUCCGCAGCAACUACCCCGACAUGCACAGCUAUAUGGUGCGCUACAACCAGCCCCGGGUGGAGGAAGCGCUCACGCAGCUAAAGGCAGGCAAGCUGGACGCCUUCAUCUACGACGCGGCCGUUCUCAACUACAUGGCGCGGAAGGACGAGGGCUGCAAGCUUGUGACCAUCGGCUCGGGCAAGGUCUUCGCCACCACGGGCUACGGCAUCGCCCUGCACAAAGGCUCCCGUUGGAAGCGCCCCAUCGACCUGGCUCUGCUGCAGUUCCUGGGGGACGACGAGAUUGAGAUGCUGGAGCGCCUCUGGCUAUCGGGGAUUUGCCACAACGACAAGAUCGAGGUGAUGAGCAGCAAGCUGGACAUCGACAACAUGGCAGGCGUCUUCUACAUGCUGCUGGUGGCCAUGGGGCUGUCCCUGCUCGUCUUUGCCUGGGAGCACCUCGUGUACUGGCGCCUGCGCCACUGCUUGGGGCCCACGCAGCGCAUGGACUUCCUGCUGGCCUUCUCCAGGGGCAUGUACAGCUGCUGCAGCGCCGACGCCGCCCCAGCACCGCCGCCCGCCAAGCCCCCGCCACCCCCGCAGCCGCUGCCCAGCCCGGCCUACCACCCAGCCGCCGCCGCCGCCGCCGUGCGCCCCGCACCGGGCCCCGCACCCUUCCUACCCCGCGAGCGCGCCGCCCUGGACCGCUGGCGACGCCCCAAGGUCGCUGGGCCACCUCCGGGCGUGGUGGCCGACGGCUUCCACCGCUACUACGGCCCCAUCGAGCCCCAGGGCCUGGGCGCGGGCGCGGGCGUGGGCGUGGGCGAGGCGCGGGGCGUCACGCGCGGGCCCGGGGGGCGCCCGAUGUCCCCUCCGGCCGCGCAGCCCCCGCAGAAGCCGCCCCCGUCCUACUUCGCCAUCGUGCGGGACAAGGACGCGGCCGAGCCCACGGGCGUGGGCGUGAGCGUGGGCGCCUUCCCGGGCUUCCCCUCGCCGCCCACGGCCCCGUCCGCCACCGUGGGCACCCCCGGGGGGCCCGGGGGAGCCGUGGGGCCGCCGCUGUGCCGCCUGGCCUUCGAGGACGAGAGCCCCCCGGCCCCCGCGCGCUGGCCGCGCUCGGACCCCGAGGCCCAGCCGCUGCUCGGGCCCAGCGCGGGGGGCGCCGGGGGCGGCGGCUCCGGGGGUGCCGGAGGCCCAGCCGCACCCCAGCCCGGCGGACGUCGAGCCCCGCAGCCGCCGACCAGGCCUUGCCCGUACCUGGACUUGGAUCUGGACCUGGAACCGUCGGCGUCCGAAUCCGAAGACUCGGAGAGCCUGGGCGGCUCGUCCCUGGGCGGCCUGGAGCCCUGGUGGUUCUCCGAUUUCCCCCCCUACCCGUACGCUGAACCCCUGGGCCCCCCGCCCGGCCGCUACUGGUCGGUGGACAAGUUGGGGGGCUGGCGGGCCGGUAGCUGGGACUACCUGCCCACUCCCCGAGCCGCCGCCGCCGGCCCGGCCGCCUGGCACUGUCGCCACUGUGCCAGCCUGGAGCUGCUGCCCCACACGCGCCAUCUCAGCUGCUCCCACGACGGGCUGGACGGCGGUGGAGCCUGGUGGGCACCCCCGCCACCGCCCCCUUGGGCCGCCGCGGGACCCCCGCCCCGCCGCCACCAUCGCAGCCGGAGCCGCAGCCGCAGCCACGCGCGUUGCGGCUGCCCACGGCCUCCCACGCACGCUCACCCGCACCCACACCCGCCCAGGGCCCGGGCUUCACAACACCCGCAUCGCCACCCGCAGCGAUCGGGGGGCUGGGACCUGCCCCCCGCGCCCACCUCGCGCUCCCUCGAGGACCUGAGCUCGUGUCCACGCAGCGCGCCCGCACGCCGGCUCACCGGGCCUUCGCGCCACGCGCGCCGCUGUCCCCACGCCCGCGCGGCCGCCGCUGCCAGCGCCGCCGCGCAUUGGGGGGCACCCUUGGGGCCCACCGCUUCCCACCACCGGAGACACCGGGGUGGGGAUCUGGGGACCCGCAGGGGCUCCGCACACUUCUCCAGUCUGGAGUCCGAGGUAUGAUGGGGCCACCCGCACGGGCCAGCAAGAGAAGAAGGCCUGGGCCCAACCCCAAAGUCCGAUCCCCAGUGGGGCGCACCGCAUUGGACAUACCCCCAGCCAAGAGGAGGCCAAGACUGACCGGGCUGGCCUGGCCCAUCUGGAAGCAGCACCCCCGGAUGCCCUCCCCGGCUCCCUCCACGCUUUGGGGGUACAGCACAGCACGGGGAGGAGAGAGGGGAUGUGUGGUCGGGUCCCCUUCAGACCCUGGUUCAGUGGACUUCUUUUUCUUUUUUUUUCUAAAACCCGACAAGGGCUUUUUAACGUCACCAUCAUGGUUGGGGGCUGGGGGUCACGACGCACCCGCGUCCCACCACUACCACCACCACCAACUACCACCAACGCCCGGGGCCGUGGGCCCCCCCACAUCACUGUGCAGCUCCCGGUCAGCCAACACCUCCGGGAAGCCCGUUUUUAGACCUUUCAUCCAUCGGGACUCAAAAAACUGUGAGCCGCCUUCGCCAGACUGUGACCCUCCCCAGCCAGACCUUGGCCCCCCCAGCCACACAAGAAUUGCCCCCCUGACCCCAGACUGUGACUUCCGAUCCCCCCAAAACGGUCAUCAGACCCCAGACUGUGACCCUCCUGACCCCAAACUGUGACCCUCCAGGUUAAGCCGUGACCCUGCCCUCUCCUCCUCCUCCUCUUCCUCCACCUUCCUCCUCCGCUUUGACCCAUUCGGACCCCAGACACACCCCUAACGCCCCUAACAGAAACCCCUUCUCCCCUGUCCCAUUCCCCGUCAUUGACACUGUCAACCCCAACACUG